AUGCUUCGCACAGUCCUGACUCUAGGCUCAAUCAUCUCCACUGGUCUAGCUGCUCCCAACGCAGACGCUUUCGCAGCAUGCAAGACUCUAGACGACAGAUACUCUGACCAGGUCGCGACAACCGGUGUCGAUUUUCCUCUCGGUCUUGCAUACACUCAAGCCCGAACGAGCUACUGGUCGCUCGCGAAUGCCGACGUCAAGCCAGCAUGUAUCUUCUUUCCCAAAACUGCACAGGACAUCCAGUUCGCCGUUCAAACUUUGAAUAAAUACAAUACCGCACCUUGGGCAAUCAAAGGAGCCGGCCACAACCCCAAUGUCGGAUUCUCCAGCACGAAGGAUGGUGUACUUAUCGCAACGCACGAGUUCAUGGCGACGACAACUCUCGAUUCGAACAAUCUGGCCCACGUUGGACCUGGCAAUAGGUGGAUCGAUGUGGCAAAGGCCCUGCAGCCAUCCAACAGAGCCGUAGUCUCUGGUCGGCUGGGUGUUGUUGGUGUACCCGGCCUCACGAUGGGAGGAGGAUUGUCGUUUCUCUCGACACAAUAUGGAAUGACAGCAGAUAACGUUGUCGAGUUCGAAGUGGUCACAGCGCAAGGCGAGCUCACCCGCGCGAAUAGGAACCAGAACAGCGAUCUCUUCUACGCAAUGAAAGGAGGUGGUGGACAAUUCGCUAUCGUGACCGAAUUUGUCAUGCAGACAUAUCCUAUCGGCAAAGUUUGGGGUGGUCACAAGAUCUUUCCCAUGUCACAGAAAGAUGCUCUUCUAAAAGCUACACACAAUCUUAACUCCAACUACAACGAUACAAAAGCUGCCGUGAUUGUCACUUACAGCUCGACUCUCGACACCCUAGUGGACAUCUUUGUCGUCUUCAUGUUCUAUGACGGCCCUCAGCCAGGAACAAUUCUCGACGAAUUCAACGCCAUCCCUUCUCUGAUCGACCAGACCAAACCCAACAGGGACUACGCCGAGCUUCUCGACUCCAACAGCUUCUUCUCCCUACAAGGACAGCGCUACCUCAUCCGCACAGGGACUCUGCCAAAUCUGCCAGGUGCCCAAGGAGUCGAUCUGUAUAACUUUGCCUUCACGAGCUUCUUUGACGGCGCCAAGAAAGCCCAACUCUUGGAGAUCGAUAAUUACAUCUUUUCGAUGGCUUUUCAACCCAUCCCACACCAGCUUGCGAGCAACUCGGUCAACAACCCAAGUGGCGUGAACCUCAUCGGCCUGGAUCCGAGGUACGGGGACAAGGUAUUCUUGGAGUACGAUGUUUCCUGGCUGUUGCCCAUCACCGACCAGAAAGCCGCUGCAACGAUCACGAACCUGACGCAGGCGGCGCAAGAUUAUGGUCGAUCCAAAUAUGCCAAUGUUCGGCCGACCAACUACCAAAGCGGAGAUCUUGGAUGGGGCUAUCGGCCACUGUUUAUGAACGAUGCGAUGUUCAAUCAGGAUCCUUUGAAGAGCUAUCCAGCAGAAUCGUAUGCGAGACUCCAGCAGAUCCAGCGGCAGAGAGACCCCAAUGGCUUCUUUUCGAAGAGGACGGGAGGGUUCAAGGUGUAA